AUGACAACAGGCUGUUCCUUUGGACUAAAUCCUUGCGGGUUCUUUAUAAUGAGUCGACGGAGGAUAUCGUGCAAAGAGCUGGGGCAAGCAGAUUGCCAAGGAUGGCUCUACAAAAAGAAGGAAAAAGGAGCUUUCAUUGGCAACAAAUGGAAAAAGUUCUGGUGUGUGCUGAAGGAGUCCUCGCUGUAUUGGUACAGCAGUCAGCUGGCUGAAAAAGCAGAAGGAUUCAUCAGACUUACAGACUUCAGUGUGGACCGAGCCAUUGAAUGCAAAAAAAAGCAUGCUAUUAAGAUCAGCCACCCACAGAUCAAGACGUUUUAUUUUGCAGCAGAAAAUAUUCUGGAAAUGAAUACGUGGCUAAGUAAGCUGGGGAUGGCUAUAGACCCUCAGGCACCCAACGGGAAGAAUGAGGAAGAAUGCUACAGCGAAAGUGAACACGAUGACCCAGAAAUAACAGACACACCACCUCCUCCUUUGACAACUCAGUCAAUGUAAAUGCCUACUGAUCAGCAGAAGUCUUCUUUCACCUCGACUCUGUCAAGUGAAGCUUCUUGUUCUCUCUUCUCUUCUGAAAGCACUUUCAACUCUCAAGGGUCAUCUUCUUCCUUGACGUCCAAAGGGGUUUAUUCCGAGAGGCAGUCCUGGCUUGACCUAGUUAACAUCUCUGCCACAGAAGAGGGUGAUCAGCCUUUAACUUUCUGCGUACAGAUUCACUCUGAGGAGCUGCCUGAAGGAGACUGUGGAGAAGUGGCAGAAAGCCAGGAGGUCCGGCUUUAUAAACCCAGUGGUGGAUCCCAAAAUUCUUUUUUAGGUCUGGAUACACACUGUCUAACUGUGCCAGAUGGAACAGGACAGAGAUCACCAGCCAAAGAUCAGGAAAAAUGUGAUGAUGAUGAGAUGGAGCGACUUUACAAGUCCUUAGAACAAGCGAGCCUGUCUCCCAUUGGUGAUCGUCGCCUGUCAACAAAGAAGGAGCUUAGGAAGUCAUUUAUCAAACGCAGCAAAAAUCCCUCCAUUAAUGAGAAACUCCACAAAAUUCGAAUGCUGAACAGCACAUUAAAGUGUAAGGAACACGACCUGGCCACAAUUAAUCAGUUGCUGGAGGACCCAAAGUUGACAGCAAUGAAGUACAGAGAAUGGAGGAACACGAACAUCAUGCUGGUCCAGGAUAUCUAUCAGCAGCAGGAGGUCCAGGACAUGUCCACAGAGAAUAGUGAGGAGCAAGAGAUGACUCCACAGCCUAUUGCUGAAAGUGCUAUCUGA